AUGGCACCAAAAACGCCCGAAUCACCACCCCAUCGAGGUCUUCUCAUCCCCGAAGUCCUCGAACGCAUCCUUAUCCACCUAGACAUCCGCACCCUCCUCCUCUCCCAACGCGUCUGCACCGCCUGGGCAACAAUAAUCCAAGAAUCCCCAUCCCUCCAACAGGCCCUCUUUUUCGCCCCAACCCAAUGCCCCGAAGAAGACAUCAUCUACAACCCCCUCCUCAUCGAACGUUUCCCACCCUUCUUCCCAAACACCAUCCACAAUGACCUCGCCAAACCAAGAGACUGCUACCCGCCGCAUUUCCUCCCCAUGCAAUACGUCGGCGAUGACUGCGCCUGGAGCCACCCCGUCAAAGACGACCUCACCCGAGCACAAGUCUUUUAUUCUGAACUCCCUCUCCAGAAAUAUCCCCUGCGCCGAAAGGCCUACCUCCAUCCCGAGGCCUCCUGGCGCCGCAUGUUAACCCAGCAGCCGCCCGCACCAAACAUUCCCGUUCUCCGCGUUUGGUCCUACGCCAGAUACAAGACGUUUGAUCGAUACCGCAUCCCAGGCACAUUGAAAGAUGUGAUGGAUCUAGAGAGAUACGUCAAACAGAACCCGAAAGACUCCGAUCCUUCAUCUUCCCCCGAGGAUAAUAAUACCAACGACCCCGAAAACAGCGGCGUCACAAUGGGCCUCCUCUUCGACUACGUAACCUGUGAUCUGGAUCUCAAGUGGUGGAUGAUCAUGUGGGGUGAUCUGCCCCCCGUGUCGAUGGCGCUGGAGUUGGGACCGGAAUAUGUAGAUGCUUAUAAGCGCGCAGCGAAAGAUGGGAGUAUUGUGAUUCUCACAUUUCAGAUCGUGCAAGGGUUCGAGUGGUGGUAUGAUAUUGCUGGGGCGAAUGCGAAGAAUUUGAGGUUUCGUAUUGUCGAUGAGUAUAGGGCGAGGGGUUGGGUCGGGGAGAGGCCGCCUACGUUUUCGAAUCGGUUGAGGACAGUGGAGAAGGGGAGCUUUCCUCAUUUUUCGACAAUUGCGCCGUUUCUGGCGAGGUAUUUGGCGCCGGGGUAG